CAUUCACUCAUCCAUGACCAACGGAUCUUUUCACAGCAGUUUAGCUCUCUGGCAGAGUAUACUAUGUUGAUUGGUAUUGUCUCAAUACUAGACUAUGCUUCUAUUUCCAACUGGCUGAUAAUACACACACCUUGGACUUGCACCUUCAUGACGUAAUUGGUGUAGCAUUGGUUAGACAUCCUUACCCUAGGUAUGGGAAAUGGAAGAGCACGACUUUGCUUCAUCUCCGUCUUCAUCGACGGCUGGGCCAGUACCUGACCUCAGCAAUAUACCUCCGAUUCUUAUUCUUUCAGCCCAUUUCAAUGACCAGGAAGUACACGAGCUGGGGGUGAGGUUGCGCCGGCAUCAUGCAGUUGUCACAUCGGACCCGUCAAAGGCCCGAGUAUUCAUUGGUCGAGUAGGAACCAAGAGACGGGCUGAGUUUGAGUUGAGGAGUCGAAAAUUCAAGGUGGAACCAGCUGAAGAGGAGGCGAAAGAAAUCAAAGAGAGCAAGCGCUUGUUCAGUCACGCAGAAGAUGCGGACGGUCCAGCAAACAAGAGAAGAAAAACGUCAGUUACGUCUUCGAAGCCGAUUACAAUUGAUUAUGAGGACUCUGUGACGGAGGAUGAAUCAGCGAUAGUGGCCGCCGAGGAGUCGGAGACGGAAACCGAGACCGAUGGUGGGUCGACAGCAGUAGGUGAGACACCAAACACUACACCUGCGAAAUCUCGGAAGAAGUCCGCAACUCCACCACCUGUUUUUCAACGUUGCGCCGAUGAUGACAUUGUCUGGAUCGUGAAGGCGGACUGGCUCGACCGCUGUGUUGCAGCCGGCCAACUUCUGCCACUGGGGGACGACUUGGUAUAUAGAGCAAAAGUACUAGAGCGACCAGGAGCUCCUCCCUCGACUACUCGGGGUUUCAUCAAGCCGAAUCUGCUGUCGACUUCUACACCUGCUUCGACAUCUGCGCUCGCCGUUCAGCCAGAGACAGCUCGGAGUAUACUUGAGCGGGCGAAAAUCGAUGCGAGCAAUGCUCCACGGGUUUCGAGUUACAUUCCCAAUCAGAAGGACGGUCAUGGUUCGCGUCGAUUCGAAGGGCUGGCUUUCACUUCGAGUGGACAGAAAGCUGCUCAGGCGGCAUCUCGGACGGCACACCUUCUACAGCAGACUACAAGCGAAUAUGAAGGAACCGAUAGCGACACUCCUGAGCCUCCCGAGUGGGUUAAGAGAGGCAUCAAGUACGCUUGUCAACGGUUCACUCCUCCAAAUCCACCUAAUCAGGAGUUUAUUGAGCUGCUGAAGAAGAUCCGCACUGCACGCAUCCUUAUUGAUGAUGACAUUGGCGUCCGUGCAUACUCCACCAUCAUUGCGAGUAUUGCUGCGUACCCGUACAAAUUCAGCAAUCCCCGGGAGAUUCUCCGGCUACCAGGCUGUGAUGUUAAAGUUGCGAACAUGUGGGUGGAGUGGAAGAACACCGGUACACUACAAGCCGUCGAACAAUUCGAGAAUAACGAAGCCAUGAAGGUCCUACGACAAUUCUACGAGAUUUGGGGUGUGGGUGCGAAGACAGCGAGGAACUUCUACUACAACCACCAUUGGACUGAACUUGAUGAUAUUAUUGAAUAUGGCUGGAAUGAGUUGGACCGGGUGCAGCAGAUCGGAUUAAAAUACUACGACGAAUUCCUACAGGGUAUACCGAGAGCGGAAGUUGAACAAAUUGCGGAAGUCGUCCGUCAACAUGCCGUCAAACUGCGAGAUGAGCGCAUUACUGUUACCGUUGUCGGGGGAUACCGCCGUGGCAAGGAGAUGUCGGGCGAUGUCGACAUGAUAGUCUCGCAUCCCGAUCUGAAUGCCACAGCAGGGUUAGUCAAGGAGAUUGUUGAGUCUCUCGAGGAGGCGGAGUGGAUCACACACACUCUGACCCUGAGUCUGAAUAACACUAACAGAGGUCAAAAUACCCUCCCUUUUCGGACGUCCAAGCAGUCCGGCGUUGGCUUCGAUACUUUGGACAAGGCGCUCGUCGUGUGGCAGGACCCACAUUGGCCUACACGCGAGCAGGACCUUCAAGACAAUCCCAGGGCCAAGAAUCCCAAUAUCCAUAGGCGCGUCGACAUAAUCCUAUCUCCUUGGAGGACUGUUGGCUGUGCCGUAAUGGGAUGGAGCGGUGGCACAACUUUCCAGCGAGAUUUGCGCCGGUAUGUGAAGCAUGCCAAGGGCUGGAAGUUUGAUAGCAGUGGCGUUAGAAGCAGACAAACUGGGAAAGUAAUACAAUUGGAGGGACCUGAAGGCGUGGACGGGACUCCGGAGGAUGCCGAGAGGAAAGUUUUUGAGGGAUUGGGGUUGGAGUAUGUGCCUCCGGAAAUGAGGUGUACGAAUUGAUUGUUUGGAUAAUGUAGACCGCUUGUCUACUCGCAAAUGGCGCGCAUUUCUAUACUUUGUACAUAACUGCAAUUCGCUAUUGCUAAGCACAUACCGUACAAUCUGAACUUUUGGCCA